AAUAUCUCCCAUAGCUGAGCGAUUACUUCUACAGUGUCGUCUGCUAACAAAAGUUGGCAGACGACAGUCCCUUUAUAAAAUGCAUCGUUACGCCCUGUAGCCCCACGCUUCUAAAACAAUUUGCACACUCUCAAUCUCACACAUGUGAGCCUCCUGAAGGCAAACGGAUGGCUCUUCUAUGCGACUAAAAAAAAUCGCCCGGCAAGGAAGUUUUUGGGGCCUUCUCCCUCUCUUGCCCUCACCUGUAAUGGCUGCAGGUCAUUGAAAGUGAAAGGACCGGUGGGGCCUCGUCAGAGGGUGACGCUAUAGCUUUUUCCUUCUUCCUGAGGAAGGGAAGUACUCAACACUUCCUCUCGUUUUACAAUCUCCGGUUGGACGUUACUCGGACGACGACGUGGGUUUGGAACAGCGUUCGCAAAUGAAUUCCAGCUAGCAGACGACACCGGGUUUUAUAGCAGACGACAGGUUCGUUGGUGAGCUUCUGCGUCGGCGAGGAUGGAUCUGAUUGCACGGAGGACUCGCGACACGGUCGGAUUAGAUUAUUGCCCAGCGGAUGGGUUUUUCAGAGAGGCUGGCUACUCAAGGUUGCUGGACACAGCUCUGAGUAAGUCGGAACGGGACAUCCGCCUCUGGAUCGUUAUCGGGGCGCUAUGCUUCAUCGUGUCCUGCCUCCUCUUGGUGUGUCUCUUUUGCAAGCUUUACAGCCGCCUAACACUAGGACGAUGCACGUCCAUGAAAGACAUGAAGGGAAAAACAGUCGUCAUCACUGGGGCCAAUGCUGGCAUUGGCAAAGAAACAGCGAAGGAUCUGGUCAAGAGAGGGGCACGUGUCAUCUUGGCGUGUAGGAACAUGCAGAAGGCGUCCGUAGCAGCGCGGGAAAUAUUGGACGACACGGGACGCACCGUUGUCGUCAAGAGGCUGGACUUGUGUUCCUUCAAGUCGGUGCGAGCCUUUGCCGAUGACGUCAUCGCGAAUGAAGAACGACUCGAUGUCCUCAUCAACAAUGCUGGAAUCGUCCCCUUCCCCGACCGAGUGGAGACGGCAGACGGAUUCGAGCAGACCUUCCAGACUAACCACUUGGCUCCGUUCUUGCUCACAAAUCUUCUUCUCGACAAGCUGAAAGCCAGUGCUCCCAGUCGCAUCAUAACGCUGUCCUCCCUGUUGCACUACUUCGGUCGCUUGGACCUGGACAAAUUGCACUACCAGGACUACAGGGUUCCCAUGCUGGUGUACAGCGACACUAAACUGGCCAACGUUCUUUUCACGAAGGAACUCGCCAGGAGGUUGCAAGGAACGGGAGUCACAGCCAAUGUCCUGCACCCUGGUGCCGUCAAGACAGACAUUAAUAGCACCUACAUGGGCUUCUUCAACCUCGUCAUGAACACUUUGUUCUUCUUCUUCGGAAAAACACCGCAAGAGGGCGCACAAACAUCCAUCCACCUGGCGGUCGCAGACGAAGUCCAGAACGUAUCUGGAAAGUACUUCAUGGAUUGCCGUGUCGCCAGGCCGAGUGCACGAUCUGAAGACGCAGUGUUGGCGCAAAAAUUGUGGCAAGUCAGCGAGAAACUCACUGGGUUGUCAGCAUGAUCUGUGCGGUCUCGUUAAAGUGCGCGAAUAUCACAGAUAACGCUGAAUGCCUCGAAGGUUAAAGACUUUUCAGAUGAAAGCCGUUGUGAAUGACGAACUGUGGGCUUCCCUGUGUGUGGUUUGCUUCUGUAUCUGUCCGUUAUCUCUACUUCUGAUAUGCGUUGUGGUGCAGCUGGCUUCGAAGGACACUAUUCUGUGCUGGAAAUGCCCGCUGGCUUUUUCUUUUUCUUUACUCUUACUUGACGAGACAAAGUAACGUGAUAUGCCAUG